GCUCUUGGUAUGGCUGCGAAGUCCUCAGAGCCGGGGUCAGUUUCCAUUCCCAUGGAGGAGACUAAGCGUGCGGGAGGAGCCCCUCAAGACGCUGCCAUGCUGACCCACCUGAAGAAGGUGGAGAACCAUAUCACCGAGGCACAGAGGUUUUCUCACCUGCCUCGGCGUUCAGCAGUGGACUUGGAGUUUACAGAGCUUUCCUACACCAUCCGCGAGGGCCCCUGUUGGAGGAGGCGAGGAUUUAAAGCCCUUCUGAAGUGUCUGUCCGGAAAGUUCUGCAGUCGGGAGCUUAUCGGAAUCAUGGGACCCUCCGGGGCCGGCAAGUCCACACUCAUGAACAUUCUUGCCGGCUAUAGAGAGACAGGCAUGAAAGGACAAAUUCUGGUAAACGGGCGACCCCGUGACCUCCGCACCUUUCGAAAAAUGUCAUGUUACAUUAUGCAAGAAGACAUGCUACUGCCAAACCUAACAACACGAGAGGCAAUGAUGGUUUCUGCUAACCUUAAACUUAAUGAAAGUAUGGACGUGAAAAAAGAACUGGUGAAUGAGAUCCUCACAGCAUUAGGACUGCAGGAGUGCGCCCAAACUCGCACCAUCUCCCUGUCGGGUGGCCAGUGUAAGCGAUUGGCUAUUGCUCUGGAGCUGGUCAACAACCCUCCUGUCAUGUUUUUUGAUGAACCCACCAGUGGUCUAGACAGUGCGUCCUGUUUCCAGGUGGUGUCCUUGAUGAAAUCUCUAGCUUUGGGCGGAAGAACCAUUAUCUGUACGAUCCACCAGCCCAGUGCAAAACUAUUUGAAAUGUUUGACAAGCUUUAUAUCCUGAGUCAAGGUCAGUGUAUAUAUAAGGGGACGGUACCGUACCUUAUCCCUUACCUGAAAAACCUCGGACUCCACUGCCCCACAUACCACAAUCCUGCAGACUUUAUAAUCGAGGUCGCCUCAGGAGAGUACGGUGAUCUGAACCCUGUGCUUUUCGAGGCUGUUCAGGGAGGCCUGUGUUCAGCUGAGAGCAAGAAGAACUCCAUUGACAAGAAUGACCCCACCACAUCCUGUCCCUCCCAGUGUUAUAAUGAUUCAGGCUACAUUGAGAAACACACUUUUGCCACCAGUACCUUCACACAGUUCUGCAUCCUCUUCAAGAGAACCUUCAUCACAAUUUGCAGGGACACGGUAUUAACCCACCUGAGGGUGAUGUCACAUCUGUGUAUCGGCGUGCUGAUUGGUCUGCUGUACCUGAACAUUGGGAAUGAUGCCAGCAAAGUGUUCAACAACACUGGCUUCUUGUUCUUCUCCAUGCUGUUUCUCAUGUUUGCUGCACUCAUGCCCACCGUCCUUACAUUUCCAAUGGAGAUGUCAGUGUUCAUGAGGGAGCAUCUUAAUUACUGGUACAGUCUAAAGGCGUAUUACCUGGCUAAAACCAUGGCUGACAUUCCAUUUCAGAUCAUUUGUCCGAUAAUGUACUGCAGUAUUGUGUACUGGAUGACAAAGCAGCCUCCAGAGGCAGCAAGGUAUCUGCUCUUUAUGGCACUGUCCACCUCCACUGCCUUAGUGGCUCAGUCUCUGGGGCUUCUCAUUGGAGCGGCAUCCACCUCACUUCAGGUUGCCACAUUUGUAGGUCCAGUCUCUGCCAUCCCAGUUCUUCUGUUCUCAGGCUUCUUUGUCAACUUUGACACCAUCCCCAAAUACCUUCAAUGGAGCUCAUAUGUGUCGUACGUCAGGUAUGGUUUUGAGGGUGUGAUCCUCUCCAUCUAUGGCAUGAACCGCUCAGAGCUGGAGUGUCCCGGGGUGGUGUGUAAGUUCCAGAAACCAGAAGAGGUGCUGCAGCUGCUGGAUGUGGAGGAUGCUAAGCUCUAUGUAGACUUCAUUGUGCUGGGGCUCUUUUUCUUAAUUCUGAGACUUGCCACGUACCUUGUUCUGCGGUAUAAAGUCAAGUCAGAGCGUUAGAGCUCCUCUUCAGACAUACAUUUUAUUUAGCAUACUCAUAAACUCAUAAAUGCACAUAAAAAUCUUUUUUGCAAUGGACGCAGAAACCAAUGCACAUUGAUUAUUCGCCAUUUUUUGGCAGUGCAACCUUUAUCCUCAGUUUUUGUUACUUGAAAGAUAUUUUUAAUUCUCUAAGUAUAGAAUAGUAAAUUAAUAUGUAGUUUUUUUUACUUUCAUUUUUAUUUUUUGAAUGUAUUCCAUGCAGUUUAACUGUAAAUCAAUGUACCCGUUACUGAACAUUGAAGCAUGAGUCUGUUGACAGGAUUGGAUGUAUUUACAUUGACAAUUUCGUGACAGCUCCCAAUAGCAUGUGCAUUGGCCAACAGCCAACAUGUGAACAAGUCUCUUUAUACCAGACUGAAGGAACAUCAUAUUAUCUCACUGUUAAUGCAUUUCAAUUCAGACCAAGAUGAAGAACACCAUCAAUAUGUGUUUCGGAAGAGAGUGCGAUGCAUGCUUCGGGCACUUUAGGACAUGCAGUCAGCAGAACCAAGAACUCUGACUGAGGUGUUCGGGAUAUCCUGUAAGAAUCGUCCAACCAGCGUAUCUUCAAUUCCAUUUUUGUCUUCCCACAAUACACUGAGCUUGAGGAGAAAAUAUCUUCUGGAACCUGCUGAACAUAAAGACUUUCAUGAUCUCCCAAGGCAAUUCUGGGCAAAGCCAUGCCAACCUAAAUCCAACCUUCUGAGGAUUGUUGAAGCAAGUGCCCUUGAUGUGAACUGCCUAUCAUUUUUAUCUGAAGGGGAUCUGAAAUCUUGUUUGAAAAACAUUUCGGCAUUUUGUCAGCAUCCAUCUGUCUCGUUACCUUAAAUUAUCUGACAACUGCCUCUUUGGUAUCCUGAGAGAUAAACAAACUAUAGUUUUUGGGCUUUUGCUCUCUCGUUUUCAUCAGGAGGGAUCAAACCUUGAACUUGUACAAUAAAAAAACUCCUUACAGUGACCAAAAAGAAAAAAAAACCCCCCUGAAUUUACUGCUUUCAGCCAGGAACGACAUAUCAAAUGUCAUGAAAUGACAUUUUUCAAAUGUAAAUGAAAAAAAAACAAACAUUUGCAAUCAUAAUGUCUGAUCUUAUACGAACAUCCAUUACUGUUUAAAUAGGACUCUCUGGCCUGUUUCUUUAUGAUUCUUUUGCGACUGUUCCCCGGACACUUAAUCUGCACUGCUGAGGAUAUCAGGACCUUUGCAGAUAGUUGCAAGUGACACGAUCAUAUAGAUGCUGGAUGAACACUUUAUGCCAUCUUCAAUGUGCUUUUCUGGAUGGAUUAAUCUAUGGCUCUUUUUUGCACUUGUAUGUACACCUCCUCUUCCCUGCUUCUCCCCUAAGUUAACAGCCAGGCUAUUCAAUACCGCAAUGCAAACAUCUUCACAAGUGACUCAAUGGACUAUUUUUGAGUCCGGCUAUGUGUUAUGUCUCCUUAUAUAAUGAAGACUACUACUUAUCUUAGUAUACACAAAGAAAAGUAUAUGUGUUAUGCUUUAAUCAAGACUGUAAAUACAUGUAUGCACUUUUUUUGAUGUUGUUUUAUUGGAACUUUUUUGGACAUUCGUUAAUUUUAUUUUUAUAUCCUUAAAUAUGACAUGCAAUUCUUGAAAAGGGAGUGUUGUGACUGGAAACCGCAUGAUGAAUUUGGAAUCAAAACACAAGGUGCUGCGACUGAGGAAUUUUUGUUGCACAUGUGUUGUAAUACUGAAAAUACUCCCAAGUUUUUGAAUAAUCUGCUGCGGGUUAAUUUUAGGACCUUUUGUUAUUGGUUUCAAAUGUUGAAUCUACUUGAGCCAUGUGAGUUGUAAAAAUGUGAUACAUAGGUUUUGAGAGCAGGAACCGGUCCUCAUAAUGUCAGUAGCAUUCAACUCUAACACAUAGUACUGUAAGGUACGGUUGCUCUUUUUCUAGAACAAUCUGUCCACCGUAACAUUGCACACAGCUUUAAAGAUGAUCUUUUGGUCAUUCUGCAAGUGAAGAAUUGCUGCUCUAAAAUAAGUUUUGCUUCUUUGCCAUAUGGUAUACCCAGGGAAAACUAGGUCAGCACUUGGGCGUGGAUGCUUUCGGAACAAGGGAUCAAUGACACUAUUAGCUGCUCGACAGUCAACAAUCCAGCAUUCAAUAUUGCUUGACUCCAACCAAUCAGCAAUUGCUUAGACAAAGUGUUAUCUGUUGUUCCGUAUCCUUUAGAGUCAUUGGAGUGGUUUAGAACAAGGAAAUGUUGUUCACCAUCAAGAAUCUUUCUUCUAAUGGUACACAGACAUAGUAUAGAGAGUUGGAUAAUACCUGUUUCUAAUAGCAAUAGUAUUGUUCUGUGCCUAGUGAGUGAUAUUUCCUUAUCCUUGAAUAUUCAAUUUUCAGCGCUUGUGUGUCAAUUCUCUAUUGUGUACGAAUCAUCAUUUUGCGUUCUGUGUCAUUAGAAUGUGUCAAUAUGUUUUUCUGUAUGUGGAUGUUGAGAGACACACGGAUGAAAUCAUUUCACACUCGUGUUUACUUACGAUAGUUUUUAUUUAAAAGCAAAAUCACAUUCUUUGGUACGCAGCAUGCAAGCCUUAACAAAUAAAAAGUUCCCUCUCAGAUUAGAAAAUAAAAAAGAUAAGCAGGUAAAGUGCAAAUUGAUUUUUGAAAUAUUGAAAAGGACUUUUAUGUACGAAACAUUGUGCAAGGUUUUGGCUUGCACAGCAGAUGUGCAUAGAACAAGAGUUACUGCAGUUAGCUUCCCUCAUCAGAAAUGCAAGUUAUGUGUGCUAAACCAUAUUCAAAUGAUUAUAAUAAAUGCAUUUAUAUAUUAUACA